AUGAGUGAAGAAAGAGAUAAAUAGCUGAAAUAAGAAGAGAAUGAUUUAAUUACAUAAAUAGACCGCUUAGAGAGGGGAAUAGUUUUAAGAGAAAAUUAAAUAAAUUCAAUGAAGUCUAUGAUGAUAGAAGUUAAAGCCUAAGUUUCUGAAGCAAAAAUGAAAUGCGAUCAAUCUGAUUUAAAUAUAAUUUAGCUAAAUAAUUAAAUAAAAAUAAAGGAUUAAGAUCUUAAGCAAGUAUUGAGAGAUAAAGAGUUACUUUUUUCAAAAUUGCAGACAUUAGAAAGAGAAUGCGAUAAAGUUAAAGAGUCAAUUGAAGAAUUGAAGCAUUAAAUCUGA